UUAGCUGUUUGGUGUUGCCCUACAGUUUGGAGGCCAUCCCCACACGUUCCGUAUAACGGAACGAUAUUGCAGUAUCCUUUGUUUUCUUUCGCUGGGUAUCAAGAUCUGCUGCCUCCAGUCAGGCGAACAAAGGAGGGGAGACGAGGCUGAUCCUUCCCACAAUCCUUCAGGGCCUACUGAUCCGGACCACUGCUCUGCCUUCUCACUCCCCGCUCCCCCCCACCCUAAGGCUGGCAAGCUGUGGGGCAGUAGGAUCAGGGCAGCAAUAAGGGCUGAUUGAUGCUCUGUGGGGAUGAGACCUGGCUGCUGAAGGCCAGUGGAGACGGCUCCCAUUCUCCGCUCGCCUGGCUUUAUGUGCGUGUCUGCAGGCUGCCCUACGCGCAGCAGAGCCACCCCCCACGUCAGCCACGGUGGCCACCCCGAGCCAUCCAGACAUGCCCACUGAGACCCUGCCGUCGCUGGCAGAUAGCAAACCCACCGGCCCUGGGGCGGCCUUUGUCUCCGCUGUCCCCCUGCGCAUACUCAACAAGGGACCCGAGUACUUCCGGCGCCAGGUGGAGACCAACCCUAAGCGGCUGAGCGCCGUGGAGAGGUUGGAGGCGGACAAGUCCAAGUACGUGAAGAGCCAGGAGGUCAUCAACGCCAAGCAGGAGCCUGUCAAGCCCCAGCUGCUGGCCAAGCCACCUGUCUGCCCCGCCAUGGCCAAGAGAGGGGCGAAUGGUGGCGGUUGUGGUGGGGUGGCCCUCAAGACAUUCAAUAACAACUCCAAGUCGGACACAUGCGCCACCACCAGCAAACGGGAGAACCUUAACCUGGAGAUCCUCAAGAACCUCCUGAACAGCUCCGGCUCGGUCUCUGAUGGCUACGCAAAGAGCGCUACUCUAAAACCUGGGGCCAGGAGCUUGGCCCCCCACCGCUCCACCCCCACACCCAUCACAGACUGCACUGAGCCCACCAGCCUCCGUUCCGUCGCCAAGUCCCUCAAGGUGCCUCCGCCUGCACCUGGCCGACAGAGCCCCCAGGGGGGGAACCUGAACCUCAGCCGCCGGCUGCUGGAGGAGCGGGGCGAGGGCAAUCACUCACCCCUCCAUGCCUCCCACAGCUCCUCUGACAUCCGCAGGCUGUGCAACGGUAAGCCUCUAAGGGCGGCCCGAAGCAGCAGCAGCUCCGCACCUCCCUUACCCCCCAAGCCCAGUACCAAAGUCCUGGCACCCCUCUGCGACAAUGCCCCUCAGUCCCCUGAGAGGGAGCCUCCGCCGCCCUCCUCUGCCACCCCAGAUGAGCAGUUGGAGCUAGAGUUGGGGAGCUCGUUGGCCCGCCGGCCCUCUCUCCACCGCUCCAAGUCGGACCUGAGCGACCGGUAUGCGCGGGCAGGCGCCGACGUGGAACGCUUCUUUAACUACUGUGGGCUGGACCCUGAGGAGCUGGAGAGCGUGGGCGUGGAGAGCUUUGCCCGCGCCAACUCCGACAUAAUCUCCCUCAACUUCCGCAGCGCUAGCAUGAUCAGCUCGGACUGUGACCAAUCACGGCAUAGCAACGAGGACAUGACGGACGAGGAGGAAGACGUGAGCGAACGCGUGCCGUACGGAAUCUCGGCCGUGGAACGAAAUGCCCGCGUCAUCAAAUGGCUGUACAGCAUCAAACAGGCACGCGAGUCUCAGAAAGUGUCUCAUGUCUAAAAGAGAAGGAAGAAACAAACUAUUAGAUGGUCCUUGCAACAAAACAAAAAAAGACUUCCGAUGGAAUGAAGAUCUUUGGACACUCUGAAUCUCUGAAUGUCAAAGUAUUGACUGGCAAGACGCCCUUGGAUGGAUCUUGCGGUCGCUAUUGCGUUCAGUGUUUGUUGUCCUCUGAAUCUGCAUGGCUCCUCCCACCCACCCGCCACUGCAGCCUCCAGCUAAAGCAACAGGUUUAGGAAAAUAUUGCCUUUUUCAAGAUGGCAGCAGUUCAGUUCCGUCUCUUCGAGCAGUACAGCUCUCUCUCAUUGUUAUGCUUUCUGUCUGUUUAGACCAGCACAAUGACACCAGCUCUUUUUAGAUGUCAUCUUAAUGUCCUUUCUUUCUGAACAACACUGAGCCUGGAAGCCAUACGGGUGUGAAUGCAGCUCUUCAGUGUGUAACCAGUCUUUAGUCUGAUAAUUCUGAGCUUUGAGUGUCUAUAGAAAAAAACUUCCUUGAAAAAAGGGCUGUGAGCAUGGUACAGUCCAAACCUGCUUCACCCCUUUGGUACCAGGAGAGUUUGUUUGGUACAUUCCAGACCCUGCCCCCUUCCCGGGGAAACCCCAUAUUUAUCCCCUUUUUCAGUGUUACUAUGGUGAUAGCAUUCAGGCAGCAUCAUGAAAUCAUUCAGCAUUACGUGGUUUUUGCUUCUGUUUAGUUUGUUGUCCAUAACAUUCUCAUUGGCAGUUUGAUUUUGUGGUACUUGCUUUUUUUAAAGAUAUGUGUAAAUGCUGUAAGAAAAUGUAUAUAAUUUCAAAACUGUUAGCUUAACAGGCGCCCUCUGACAAACAUCUAACUUACUACAUUGUUCAGUCUUCUCUCUUGGCUUGACUGUGAGACUGCGUCAAACCCAGUUCAUGAUCAAAUUUUUACGACGUUAUGAUGACAUACACUACCGUUCAAAAGUUUGGGGUCACUUAGAAAUGUCCUGGUUUUUGAAAGAAAAGCUUAUUUUUUUGUACAUUAAAAUAACAUACAAUUGAUCAGAAAUACAGUGUAGACAUGGUUAAUGUUGUAAAUUACUAUUGUAGCUGGAAAUGGCAGAUUUUUUUAUGGAAUAUCUACAUAGGCGUACAGAGGCCCAUUAUCAGCAACCAUCACUCUUGUGUUCCAAUGGCACGUUGUGUUAGCUAAUCCAAGUUUAUCAUUUUAAAAGGCUAAUUGAUCAUUAGAAAAUUGCAAUUGUUAGUACAGCUGAAAACUGUGUUGAUGAAAGAAGCAAUAAAACUGGCCUUUAGACUAGUUGAGUAUCUGGAGCAUCAGUAUUUGUGGGUUCGAUUACAGGCUCAAAAUGGCCAGAAACAAAGAACUUUCUUCUGAAACUCAUCAGUCUAUUUUUGAUCUGGGAAAUGAAGGCUAUUUCAUGCAAGAAAUUGCCAAGCCACUGAAGAUCUCUUACUACUCCCUUCACAGAACAGCACAAACUGGUUCUAACCAGAAUAGAAAGGAGUGGGAGGCCCCGGUGCACAACUAAGCAAGAGGACAAGUACAUUAGUGUCUAGUUUGAGAAACAGAAGCCUCACAAGUCCUCAACUAGCUUCUUCAUUAAAUAGUACCCAGAAAACACCAGUCAACAGUGAAGAGGCGACUCCGGGAUGCUGGCCUCGCAAAGACAAAGCCAUAUCUCAGACUGGCCAAUAAAAAGAAAAGAUUACGAUGGGCAAAAGAACACAGACAUUGGACAGAGGAAUUCUGCCUAGAUGACCAGCAUCCCGGAGUCGCCUCUUUGCUGUUGACGUUGAGACUAGUGUUUUGCAGGUACUAUUUGAUGAAGCUGCCAGUUGAGGACUUUUGAGGCGUCUGUUUCUCAAACUAGACACUAAUGUACUUGUCCUCUUGCUCAGUUGUGCACCGGGGCCUCCCACUAUUUUUAUUCUGGUUAGAGCCCGUUUGUGCUGUUCUGUGAAGGGAGUAGUACACAGCAUUGUACAAGAUCUUCAGUUUCUUGGCAAUUUCUCGCAUGAAAUAGCCUUCAUUUCUCAGAACCAGAAUAGACUGAUGAGUUUCAGAAGACAGUUCUUUGUUUCUGGCCAUUUUGAGCCUGUAAUCAAACCCACAAAGGCUGAUAUGCCAGAUACUCAACUAGUCUAAAGAAGGACAGUAUUAAUGCUUCUUUAAAUUAAAACAACAGUUUUCAAAGGAGUUUUCUAGUGAUCAAUUAGCCUUUUUAAAAUGAUAAACUAACACAACGUGCCAUUGGAACACAGGAGUGAUGGUUGCUGAUAAUGGGCCUCUGUACGCCUAGGUAGAUAUUCCAUUAAAUAAAAAUCCAGCUACAAUAGUCAUUUACAACAUUAACAAUGUCUACACCGUAUUUCUGAUCAAUUUGAUGUUAUUUUAAUGGACAAGUGACCCCAAACUUGUGAACUGUAGUGUACAUGUUCAGUAUAUUGGAGUUGGAACUGUUUUGGUACUCAGUACUUCAAAAUGAAGGCAAUGAAUUGUGUUCACUUUCAUUUAUUUUGCAUUAUUUCAAUAAAUGGCUUGUUUUGCCGUCUACUU